AUGGCUACAACUUUACGAAAAACAAAUAUCAAAGGUUCUUCGUCUGCUAGGUUUGUUAGAAAUGUUAAGUCAGAAUUUAAGCCUGGAAAGAAAGAGAGGAACGAAGUUUUGGAUCCAUAUGUGGCCAAUAAUCCAAUGUUAAAUGAUUCAAUUCAAAAACAGGAUUUAGUAUCGAGAAUCGACGCCUUAGACGCAUUAAUGGGAUUUGAGAGAGUAUCACAUGGAGAUAACGAUGGUAAUAAGCCUUUAAAAGGAUGGUUGAUAAACAUGCAUUCCACUACGAUUCCAAGCGAUGAAUAUCUCACAGGGUACUCUGCAGUAGAUUACUAUUUUCUAAAUGAAGAAGGUGGUUCUUUCAAAACAACGAUUCAGUUUGAUCCAUAUUUUUUCUUAAUCGUCGUACCGGGUCAUGAAUCAGAAGUUGAAGAAUGGUUGAGAAAAUUUCUAGAAGUUUCAAACUUGAAGAGUACAUCGCGAGUACCAAAGGAAGAUUUGUCACUUCCAAAUCAUUUAGUUGGCUUGAAAAGAAAUUUAUUGAAGCUAACAUUUCAUAAUGUUACUGAUUUGUUGAGCGCUAGAAGGCUACUCAUGCCCAUUAUCAAGGAAAACCAAAUGAAAAGAGACACCAGAGACAUUUAUCAAGUUAUGAACUUUAAUAAUAUGAAUAAUGUGACUGGCGAAAUGAAUGAUAUCAAUAUGUACCCCAGUAAUAAUUCUGAAGUAUACCAAGAUCCUUCUUUGUUGAUAGACGAAGUCAGAGAGUAUGAUGUCCCCUACCAUGUCAGGGUAUCUAUAGAUGAAAAUAUCAGAGUGGGUAAAUGGUACAAUGUAUAUGCUAAACAUUCUAAAGUAAAAUUGGAAGAGGAUAAAGUAAAAAUAGCAUUUGCAGACCCAGUGGUUUUGGCAUUUGACAUCGAGACAACAAAGGCUCCCCUUAAAUUUCCAGAUGCAAAGGUAGAUCAAAUCAUGAUGAUAUCUUAUAUGAUAGAUGGCGAAGGGUUUUUAAUCACAAAUAGGGAGAUAAUCUCUGAGGACAUUGAGGAUUUUGAAUAUACUCCAAGACCAGAAUAUCCUGGUAUAUUUACUAUCUUCAAUGAGCCAGAUGAGAAAAACGUAUUAAUAAAGUUUUUUGAGCAUAUUAGAGAUGUUAGACCGACCGUUAUUGCAACUUUUAAUGGUGAUUUCUUCGAUUGGCCCUUUGUUGAGAACAGGGCAAGAUUUCAUGAUCUAGAUAUGUUCGAAGAAAUUGGGUUUGCGAAAGAUAAUGAAGGUGAGUACAAAUCCAAAUACUGUGUACAUAUGGACUGCUUUAGGUGGGUGAAAAGAGACUCAUAUUUACCACAAGGAUCACAGGGUUUAAAAGCUGUCACAACAGCAAAAUUGGGAUACAAUCCUACCGAAUUAGAUCCAGAACUUAUGACGCCCUACGCAUAUGAAAAACCCCAAUUGUUAUCAGAAUAUUCUGUAUCAGAUGCUGUUGCAACAUACUAUUUAUACUACAAAUACGUUCAUCCCUUUAUUUUUUCUUUAUGCACUAUCAUUCCUUUAAAUCCGGAUGAAGUCUUGAGAAAAGGUACUGGUACCUUAUGUGAGAUGUUGUUGAUGGUUCAAGCAUAUCAAAAAAAUAUCAUUUUACCUAACAAACAUUCAGAUCCGAUAGAAAGAUUUUACGAGGGUCAUUUGUUGGAGUCUGAGACUUAUGUUGGGGGCCAUGUUGAAUCUUUAGAAGCAGGCGUGUUUCGUAGUGACUUACCAAGUAACUUCAAAAUAGAUCCAAGUGCUAUCGACGAAUUAUUAGCUGACUUAUCGAAUGCAAUGAAAUUUUGUAUAGAGGUUGAGAAUGGGAAAAGAGCAGACGAUGUUGAAAAUUUUGAUGAGAUUUACAAUGAUAUUAAGACAAAGCUUCUUGAAUUGAAGAAGAACCCAAACAGAUGUGAGAAUCCUUUGAUUUACCACGUUGAUGUUGCAUCGAUGUAUCCAAAUAUCAUGACUUCUAAUAGAUUGCAACCAGAUUCGAUGAAAUCAGAAGAAGACUGCGCAGCAUGCGAUUUUAAUAGACCAGGAAAGAAUUGCGAUAGAAGGUUACCUUGGUCUUGGAGAGGCGAGUACUUUCCAGCUGAAAUGAACGAAUAUAACAUGAUCAAGAGAACUUUGCAAAAUGAGACUUUCCCAAGUGCACGGCCCUGGCUACCUCCCAGAUCUUUUGACGAUCUUUCUUAUUCGGAACAAGCUGCGAUGAUUAAGAAAAGACUUAGUGAGUACUCCAAAAAAGUUUAUCAUCGUUUAAAACAGUCUAAGACGGUAACGAGAGAAGCUAUCGUCUGCCAAAGAGAGAAUCCAUUUUAUGUUAAUACUGUUAGAGAUUUCAGAGAUAGGCGCUAUGAGUUUAAAACUCUAGCAAAGGUUUGGAAGGGAAAAACCUCUAAAAUCGACAGCCACGACACUAUCGCAAAGGAUGAAGCAAAAAAGAUGGUCGUUUUAUAUGAUUCUUUGCAAUUGGCACAUAAGGUUAUUCUUAAUUCUUUCUAUGGUUAUGUUAUGAGGAAAGGCUCGAGAUGGUACUCGAUGGAAAUGGCAGGAAUAACGUGCCUCACUGGUGCCACAAUUAUCCAGAUGGCCAGGUCAUUAGUUGAGAGGCUAGGGAGACCAUUGGAGUUGGAUACAGAUGGUAUUUGGUGUAUUUUACCAAAAUCAUUUCCAGAAAACUUUACCAUGAAGUUCAAAGAUGGCAAGACAGUACCUCUUGAGUAUCCUUGUUCAAUGCUUAACUACAUCGUUCAUAAUAAAUUUACUAAUCAUCAAUACCAGGACUUAGUUGAUGAGGAUACUUUUAAAUACAAGACAAGAUCCGAAAACUCAAUUUUUUUUGAAGUUGAUGGACCAUAUAGAGCAAUGAUUUUGCCAACUUCUAAAGAGGAAGGGAAAGGGUUGAAGAAAAGAUAUGCAGUUUUUAAUGACGAUGGAACGUUGGCUGAGCUUAAAGGUUUCGAAUUGAAACGUAGAGGCGAGCUUCAGCUAAUUAAGAAUUUUCAAUCAGAUAUCUUCAAGCUAUUUUUAGAGGGAGAAACGUUAAGCGGAUGUUACUCAGCAGUUGCAUCCGUUGCUAAUAAUUGGUUAGAUGUGCUAGAUGCAAAAGGAGGUACGUUAGAAGACGAGGAUCUAAUCGAACUCAUUUGUGAAAAUAGAAGCAUGUCCAAAAGUUUAGCAGAAUAUGGUGCACAAAAAUCCACAUCCAUUACAACAGCUCGAAGAUUAGGAGAGUUUUUAGGAGAAGAAAUGAUAAAGGAUGCAGGGUUAGCAUGUAAAUAUAUUAUAAGUGCAAAGCCAAUCGGAGCACCUGUCACUGAGAGAGCUGUACCAGUUUCUAUAUUUUCAUCUGAGAAAAAAAAGGUUUUCUUGAAAAAAUGGCUCAAGGACCCUUCUUUGGAGGAGUUCGAUCCUAGGAGCGUUAUAGACUGGGGCUAUUAUUAUGAACGGUUAGCAUCAGUUGUUCAAAAAAUCAUUACAAUCCCAGCUGCUUUGCAAGAUAUUAAAAACCCUGUUCCAAGAGUCCCUCAUCCUGAGUGGUUGCAAAGAAAAAUUAUUACAAAAGAAGAUAAGAAACAGCAGACAUCACUAUCUCUGUUUUUCCAAAACACUUCAAAAGACAACGCACUAGAACAUCACAAGAAAGCAAUUAAGGACAUAGAGGAUUUUGUAGACAAUAGUGCUGGAAUCUCGAUGCCUAGAAUUGGUAAGGUAACAUCCCGUAAGAGAAAGAAUGCAAAAUUUCUUGCGUCUUUGGAUGCCGAAGAGGAUGAAAAAGAUAGUGCCAUACUAAAUGCACAAUGCCCAUCAAUGGUUGAAGACUAUGCUGGAUUUUUGCAAUAUCAAAAAGCGAAAUGGAGGAACCAGGCAAAAAAUAGAGAUAGGAGAAGAAAAUUGUUCGGCGCAAACACAGAGAGUUCCCACCGUUCAACCGUUGGUCAUAUGUUUCGACGCCAGGCUGAAAAUAUCGUUGGAACAGAUUGGGAGAUUUUGGAAUACAAACCUGACGAUGCUAAACCCGGCGAUAUUAAAGUUUACGUUUCUGUGGGGAGCAAAGUCCAUACAUUCACUAUACAUAUACCCAAGAAAGUAUAUGCCACUUUCAAAUUUGCAUUAUCAUCCAAAAAAAAUAUUCAAAACUGCGAGAUUGAGCCCUCAAAUGCAAGCCUUCCAAAUGGCCAUGACGGAACACAUCUUUACAAAUUGGCUAUGCCCGAAGAGGUUUUUAAUAGCGAAAUAAGAAAUGUUGAUAGUUUGCUUCAAGAUUCGAGUCUUUUAGGACUUUAUGAAAGUCAUAUCCAAGCAGUAGAAAGGGCUACGAUUGAGCUAGGAAAUACGGUGAGAUUUGAUGAUACAAAGGUUGGUGCGUUAGGAAAAGGAUUGAAAAACGGAUUUUUUAUGAAAGAUUUGAUGAAGAUUUCCAAUGACAACUACAUGAAAGGGUUUAGCAUGGAUGUGAUUUAUUUACUACAUCUAGUUGCAAACAAUUAUGAGUUCUUCGCUCUUUUUAAAUCUUGGGAUCAUUCUGUAUCAAUAUUUAUUUUAAAGCCGUCUAGUAAUGCUCUGGAAUUACCUAACAAUUUAUCGAAGUUAUACGAUGAAAUUUAUCAAACAAAGAAAGAGAAGAUUGGGAAGCUUUACAAUAUUAUUGAUUAUUUUCAGGAAAUGUCAUUCGAGACACAAUAUUUUCACGACAAAAGCAGAUUGUUUAAAAAGGUGAAUCAAACAAUCGGGAAAAUACAUGAGAGUAGAAGCAACAAGGCUUUGUUUGCGGUUCAAUCGCCAUUUUCUGAAAGACUUUUGACGCAUUUCACUUCAAUUGCGGAUUUUCCGACAAUAAAGAUGAAGGUUCGUGAGCUAUCUUUACCGGCCGUUGGUUGGCAAUCGUUGAUAGGAAAGCGUGUCAUUAAUCAUUACUUGGUGUUAGCUUCCUGGAUCAAGAACUUGAUUGCCUUGUCUCAAUACAGCAAAAUUCCUAUUUGUAAUUUAACAACAGAUAAUUUGGGAUACGUCAUUGAUAUUGAGUAUGCAAGGAGACUUGUUGAUAAUAAUAUAAUCUUAUGGUGGUCCCCAAUUCCCCUACCCGACCAUGGUGGGUUUGAGAUGGAUAGAAAGCCAGAUUUUGAUAUCCUCUCUUUUCCUCUGAUAAACAAUCCUGAAAUUUAUGAGACAGCUUGUCUAGAGAUCGAGAUUGGAACCUUGACUAUUAAUACAAUUUUGACAAGCUCUCUAAUUAAUGACGCAGAGGGUACAGACUUAGCUGAUGAUGCUUUACAAUAUGAUAACAACAAUGGUGCGUCUGCUUUUGCAGGAGACUCAUUCUCAUCUCCGGCCCUAACUAUCUUGCGAACGAUGGUAAAGAAAUGGUGGGACGAUGCCUUAAGAGGAAGCAUCAAUGCAGAUUCGAUAAUGAAUAACUUAGUAACUUGGGUGCAAGGCAGAGAUUCGCGACUCUACGAUUUUGCUUUACAUUAUCAUGUCCACAAUUUAACAAAAAAGGCAUCAUUACAGUUGAUGGGCGAAUUUAAGAGAAUGAAUGCUGACGUGAUCUUCGCAAAUAGGAACAAACUAGUAAUUAAAACAUCUAAGGUUUCGGUUGAAAACUCAUAUGCUUAUGGCCAAUACAUAAUAAAAGCCGCUAGAUCGAAGCCCUUAUUUAAUUUCUUAGAUCUUCGGAUCACGAAGUAUUGGGAUUUACUAAUUUGGAUGGACGAAUAUAAUUACAGCGGACGCUUUUGCACGGUUAUCACUAGUGAAGAGGUACAAGAUUUAGUCCCGAUAAACAAUUGGCAUAUUCAGAAGUUUCUUCCUCUAAUAUACCAGAAUGAGUUCGAAGAUUGGCUUGUCAUCUUCUUAGAUGCCUUAAACAAGUAUAAAACUGAAAACUUGAUGGGUGGAACGCAAAUGGGAACUCCCAGAGUGACUCAGAUUACUCAUAUAUUGAAAGGACAGAAGAAGCUACAGGAUGGUUCUGACGAAGUAGAGUCAACUGGAUCCGUGACCGAAAUCUUUAGAAAACAAUUGCAGAGAAGAAUCGAACGCCUUUACCGUCAACAGAAUGAAUCUAUCAUAAACCCCGAAUUAGAAGCGGAAUACCUGUUUCCAAAAUUACCAGGGUCACAUCUAAUCAUGGAGAAUCCAACCCUAGAGCUCGUAAAGUUCCUAUGUGCGGUAUUAUCAUUGUCGAGGAAAAGAACAAUCGAAGUUCGUAUGCUAAGAAAGGAGCUUCUUGCUAUUUUCGACAUAAAGGAAUUUAGCCCAGAGGCCAGUUUCGUGAAUCCAAGUACCUCCUUAAAGCUUCCUCAGGUCGUCUGUGACUACUGUAAUUUCAUCAGAGACAUAGACUUCUGCAACAAUACUGCCCUGGACAUAUGGAACUGCACAAACUGCUACAGGGCUUACAGCAAAGUCGUUCUUGAGGAAGACCUCAUCUCUCUGUAUCAGCAAUUAAUUACCAAGUUCUACUCUCAGGAUUUCAGGUGUUCCAAGUGCAAUCAGAUCAGAGCUGGAAACCUUAGUGAGUAUUGCAAGUGUUCUGGAUCCUGGGUCGAGACAUUUAACUAUCAAGAACUUGAGAAAAAACUACACAUAUUCAACAACGUCGCUUCGGCGUACGAUUUGCAUUUGCUUAAGGGACUUAUCGAGGAGUCCUAA